AUGCCUAGAUUCUCAGUUGCCUUCGCCCGGCGGAAAAGCACCGCAGACGAAAUCGAUCAUGCCGAGGUAGCGCCAGCUGGACAGUCUUCGUUUAGGGUUUUGGAACGACACGACUAUUCGGGUGUCAAGUCGUUUGACGGAGGGGCCAAGAUGGCGAGAGCCUCGGGGCCUCUGCUCUCGAAGCCUGAUCUCCAGGCUGACGACAACAUGUUUUCUGAUAUGAAGGCUAAUCGUGGAAGCGGCUUGUCCAACACGACACACACCACGUCUACCGACACCUCUUCACGCCACAGUAAUGCAUCCACGGCUCCGUCGUCAGCCGACUUCAGCGGCGGCAACUUGUUCCACGACGACGGCCGGCCACCCAAGAGCUCCUCCUCGGAUAUGCAUGGUCGUGGCAGCUCGAACAAGUCCAUCGGAUCCAAGUUUCUAGACAAAGCUGGCCGUACUUUCUCCUUUGGUGGACAGAAGAAAGGUACGACUACAUACGCGCAGGCCCCAACCGUCCCAACCAUCCCAGCCGUCCCCAAAGUUCCAUCCGCCCCAACCAUCACCCGCAAACCAGCCCCCCGCAGACCCGAAGUUCUGGACGUAGGUAGUGACUUUGGAUCAAUGUUCUCAGGAUCAGCUUUCGAAAAGCGAGCAAGCAUGGCUACGCUCAAGAACGACGACCUGGCCUCGCCCCGGCUCCUCACAGGCAACCCCCAGGCCCAACAACCGAUCCCGCACAGCCCGGAUACGACGACGCAGGCGGAGCCGUUGCUCGGCUCGUGGAACACAGCACAGUCCAAGGUCGUUGUAGAUGAUUAUUCAUCGGACAAGAGCUCGCCGACAUACGACAGCCCUCCGCGGCAACCGCCGGCUCACCAGGCACCGCCGAGUCCAGACGAGUCACCAGAUGACGAGGAUGCACAGCUCCUGGCAGAAACGUACACUGCCAUCCAGCUUCUUUCGGCUGAGGAUGACGAAUUCGACGACAACCCGCAGCAGGGUCGGUACCGGCGGGAGGAGGAUAACUUCACGGUGGCUCCACGACAGCCUAAGCCAGCCCCCAACUCCAAUGGCACCCGAAACGGAGACGGCGCGCCUCGUCGAUUUGUGCCCUCGCAGGACGGCGCGCCUCGAAACAAGGUUAUGACUCCGGCCGAAUUCGAGAAGUACCGUGAAGAUAAGAUUCGCCAUGAUAGGACAAACAGCACGUCGAAGGACGAUGACGAGGAUGACAUCAAUUACGAAGACGACGAGGACGAGGCUGAGAAAUCGAAGCAGCAGGCGAAGCAGAGGCGGAAGCAGGAGGCUCACAUGGCUGUAUACCGCCAGCAGAUGAUGAAGGUUACGGGCGAAACUAACCCAACAAACGGACUGGGCAUUCCUGCUUCGUUGAGUGCACCGCAGCUUGGUCACGUCAGGACCUCUUCGCUUGAUCCAGCAGCAGCACCACCGCCCCAAAGCGCGAACGCCAAUGCCGUGUCCGGUGCAUCUGGCGCAUCCGAUGAGGCUGACGACGACGAAGAGAUUCCGCUCGCCAUCUUGCAGGCACACGGAUUUCCCAACAAGAACCGACCGCCGACCCGGCUCAGCAUGAUGGGCUCAAACCCCAACAUCCGAGCCUCUGCAAUGCUUGCCCCGGGACGGCCGUCUUCAGCCAUGGGAGAAUCUGCUGCUGCUUCCCGACGCCACUCCACUCUCCCCGCCUUUGCUAGGAACCUGCCCCAGGAUCCCUUCAUCGGAGCAAGCAUUGCGCAGCCGGCACUUAGGGAGUCCCUGUCCUUCAACGAGAUGGGUAUGGGCCCUAAGCCACCGUCGCCCUUGCCCCCUGGAGGCCUCGUUGGUGUGAUUGCCAGCGAGGAGCGACAGAGGGCGAUGCGACGAGGAAGCCCCAGUGUUGAUCCCUCGAGGCUCAUGGGUAGUGGCUACAACACCCCCCCUGGAAUGGACCCCAUGACCGGCCCGCCGAUGCUCACUCCUGGCGAUCAAGCUCAGCUCCAGAUGACGCAGCAAAUGUCGCAGUUCAUGCAGAUGCAGAUGCAGUUUAUGCAACUGAUGGCUGCAAAUCAGAACGGCGGCAUGCCACAGCAGCAGGUGCCGUUCCAGCAACCGUUUGGCGGUCUGAUGGGUAACCAGUCAAUGGUCGAUCUCUCCUCCCGUAACUCUGUUGUUGGCGAGCAGACUCUGGAACCUCGCCGUGGUGACUACGGCAGCAUGCGAACGAUGAGCAUGGUGCAGCCCAGCUCGGCGCCGAUGGCCCAUCCCGGAUAUGCGGGAUCUAUCCGGUCAUCCAUUCAUGGAUAUACCCCGUCGAUUGCACCUUCGGAGCGAAGCAACAUCGGCCUGCCCAACCGUUACAGGCCGGUGUCCCAGGCCAUCAACCAUGGCCCUCUUGGCCACAUGCAGUCGCAGUCGUUCUCCGGAGCUCUGUCUGCUUUCACUGACAACAAGAACAAGACGUCAAUGAGAAUUGUGAGCAAGUCGGUUUCCGACGAUGAUGACGAUGAAGAGGGUUGGGAGGCGAUGAAGAACAAGAGAGAGAAGAAGAGGUCUCUCUGGAGAAGCAAGAAGAAUCUGAGCUCGGUCAUCUGA